ACGUUCACAUAAGUACUAGUUCAUGUCUUGUGGGUUUUAUAAGUUGUAUUGGAGUGCGGAAAAUAAUUAUUCGAAAAUUUGAAUUUUGCUCAGCAGAAAUGAGGACCUUUCUGAGUUUGGCGAUGCUUUCGGUUAUUGGUGCGAGUCGAGCUCUACCUGUAGAUCCACCAAUGGAAGAUUCUGAACUGAAUCCCCUCAUGAGAGUGUCGCAACGCAGUGUUGUUAGGGAUUCAGAUCGACGUUGGCCCAAUGGUAUUGUCUAUUAUAAAUUUUGGAAUGGAUUUGAUAAUGAUCGGAAGACUUUUAUAAAAGGAGCCAUGAAGUCCCUGGAAGAUGUUUCAUGCAUACGUUUUGUAGAAGCGGGCGCUGACCAGCCGUAUUUUGUCAAUAUAACGGGAAGUAGCGGCACCUGUAACCGUACCGUACCGUCUACCGUAGGUUUUGAGAAAGGCAUUACAUCAUGUAAUCUACCGGGCACAAUAACAUCAUACUGCUAUACUCUGGGAAGAAUUCAGCAUGAAUUAUUUCAUGUACUCGGCUUUUACCAUUUGCAGCAAAUUUACAAUCGGGACGAUUAUGUACGUAUAGUUAACGAAAAUAUUAUAAAAGGCCGCGAGUAUAGUUUUACAAAAUUCAGUAAGGAUUUAGUUGAUGAUUUUGGUGUAGAAUACGAUUACGGUAGUAUUAUGCAUUCUUCACCGGAUGCUAACGGAAAAAAUUCUAAAGACACUAUAGUGCCAUUGCAAAAAAUACCGAAAGGUUUAAUGGGUCAACGUGAGGUUUUACAGCAAUCCGAUAUAAUUAAGUUGAAUCGGAUGUAUGAAUGUACAGUUUGCGAAGAUUAAAAAGGUAACAUUGGAAGGUGAAUAUAUUUUGUAUAUAGAUAUCGUAUAAUUUUUUUCCCAUAUCACUAAACUCUUGUUGCGCAAUAAAUAACCUUAAAUGAGAA